AUGGCAGAUGAUGAUUGGUGGGAGAAAAAAAUUAAGUUUCGCUACGAUGCACUGUUUGCUGAUGUUGUUGCCACAGGAGAAAGAGCACAUGCAGCAAAUCAAGAACAAUCAUCAGGCAUUGGACUUAAUCUUAAUGAAGAAGGAAUAAAUGUCAUUGAUGAUUGUGACAAAGAACAUUUUACUCAUCUUAAUGAUGAAAUGAGCGAUGAAAGUGAUGAUCUACAUAAUAUAAAUUCUAUUAUGUUUCCAAAGCCAUCACUAAAAAGGCAAAAAUCAACUGAUGGUGGUAGCACUAGUAGUCAAGUAAGAAAGAGUAAGAAAAAAACAGUUGCAACAUUAAUAAAAGAGGAUAUACACUCUCUCAUAGAGUUUAUGUCUCGCAACAACACUGCUAUAUCUCCUGCAGUUGAUGAGACAUCCAUCGAGAAGUGCAUUGGCACUAAAAUGAAGAGUUCGGACUCUAGUGACAUAGUAGAUCCUUAUCCAAGUUAUUCAUCAGAUGAUGAAGAUGAAGAAGAACUGGAUGAGAUACAGAGGGAGCAAGAUGAGAAGGAAUGGACGGCCUUAUGUCAAAUUGCAGGUAAAUUGAUUUUGAUGUAUUACGAAAAAUACCUAUGCAAGGAACAUUAUCGUACAUCUGGUCGCUCUGGAAAUGAUUGUAUUGGAGCACUUGAUGGCACACAUAUUAAAUCAAGAUUACCGCAAGGUCAAGAGAUACCAUAUAUUGGCCGUAAAGGUUAUCCGACUCAAAAUAUUUUUGCUGUCGUAGAUUUUAAUAUGUGUUUUACAUUUGCAUUGGCUGGGUGGGAAGGAGCAACGCACGAUAGACGUAUAUUUGGUGAAGCCCUUCGUAGACCGGAACUUAACUUUCCACGUCCAAUUGGAAAUAAGUAUUAUCUAGUUGAUGCAGGAUAUCCUCACAUUACAGGAUAUAUGCCUCCAUACAAAGGAGAUAAUGUGAGAUAUCACCUAGCACAAUUCCGCCGCGGUGCAAUAAGACAAUUGCGAGAACCAAGAGGGCAAAUUGAAAAAUUUAACUAUUUACAUUCUUCUUGUAGAAAUAUUGUAGAGCGCACAUUUGGGGUUUGGAAAGCAAGAUGGUCUAUUUUGCGAAACAUGCCUUUCUAUCACAUUGACACUCAAAGAGACAUCAUACUUGCUACUAUGACCAUUCAUAACUAUAUUAGAAAGAAAUGCAAUAUGGAUGAUGCAUUCCGAGCAGUUGAGAAUGAGAGAUAUGUUCCAUCUGUUGAUCCUGAUGUUGGUACAUCUUUGAGAGCUAAUAACAAUAUAAAUGCGAAAAAUGUGGAAGAGCAAAAUGAUCUUGUUUGGUUGGGUCUUCGCGAUUUGAUUGCUAAUGAAAUUUGUGAAGCUUGA